GCUACCGAGUCAACUAUGGUCAGCGAGCUGUAUCACUGGAUUAUGUUUAUAUUUUUCCUCUGACAACACCGAUUGCAGGAAUCUACUGACAGCUGUUGAACAGUAGCAAAACUACAGCUCCAGUAAUAGGCCGGCAUAUUAUUACAGAUCCUUUUUCUAUAUUACCGAUAUCUAGUGUAUAAUGAUUUAACUAAGAUGACCCUGACAAAAUCAUAUAACUUACAUAUAACCAUAACCUCUUUUCCGGAAUUGUCAACGUGAAAAGUAAAAUGAGAUUAUUUCAAGCAUUAUUUCGCCGAAAACACCUACCAAAUGGCAAUAUUUACACAGGGAAGCAUAGAAUUGUCCGAGAACCAACAAUAAAGGAUCUACAAAACUUGAGAAACCACUUUGAAAUUGAAGAACGUAACAUGUUCCUUCUGAGGCACCCAUACCUCACACCAGAACAAUCAUCAGGUCAUGCCAGAGCACUUGGUAAAAUUGAAGCAAACACAAUAAAAACAUUAACCAGGCCAAAACCUUACAAAGACCAUGUCACCAUUGAAUCCAGAUUGGCACACUUGAGGGUGAAUGAAGCAUGGGAUUGAAGGUAUAGAAUAUAAAAUAGUAUUUUGUUAAUAAUAGGCUUGUAAGUAGAUGAAACUUGGAUAUUAAAAAUGUAAAACAUAAAAAAACGGAAUUUAUUGACA